UAUGCAGAUACUCAGCAACUACUUGUUCAUUAUUAAUUUAUACUGCACAACAAGUGGAACUCGAUAAACAAGCUCACAGAGUCACUGUAAGUAAAUAAAAUCAAACAAUCUCCUCAUUUCCACACUCAUCGGGACCAAUGCCAGACUUGAAACCAGUUACCACGGCUCACCUGGUGGCUGUACCAUUUCCGGGCAGAGGCCACAUUAAUCCUCUGAUCAACUUCUGCAAAGUACUAGCUAUCAAGCGACCUGAUAUAAUAAUAACCUUGGUUGUUACUGAGGAGUGGCAUGGGCUGUUAAUCUCUGAAGAGGUGCCACAUAACUUAACUUUUGGAACGAUUCCUAAUGUCCUGCCGUCUGAGCUGGUCCGUGCUGCUGAUUUUUCAGGUUUCUUCGAAGCAACAUUAACGAAGAUGGAAGAGCAUGUAGCACGACUAAUUGACCACUUGGCUUUGCGGCCUAUGCUGAUUAUUUACGAUUUCUUUCUAAUGUGGAUCCCAGAAGUAGGGAACCGAAUGAAUAUUCCUGUAGCUUCAUUUUGGCCAAUGUCUGCUACUGUGUUUUCGAUGUACCAGUAUCGUCAUCUCCUUGUGCAAAAUGGCCACUUUCCGGUAACUAACUUGUCAGAGCAAGGAAAUAUUGAGAUAGAUUACAUCCCUGGUGUUCCUCCAACACGCGUACUAGAUCUUCCAUCACUAUACUAUGGUAGAGGUCAAGAUAUCCUUCAUAGACUUUUUGAAGCCCUUUCACAGGCAAAAAAGGCACAGUAUUUUCUUUUCACUUCAGUUUAUGAGCUCGAACACCAAGUUAUUGAUGCUCUGAAAGUCGAGUUUUCCAUGCCUGUCUACACCAUUGGUCCUGCCAUCCCUUACUUCAAAAUCAAACAAAGCUGUUCUGCUGAUAAUUAUCAAGACAUCCCUUAUUAUAUCAGAUGGUUAGACAGUCGGCCUAAUGAUUCUGUCUUGUACAUUUCUCAAGGGAGCUUUCUUUCGGUUUCUGGUGAUCAAAUGGAAGAAAUUGUUGCAGGGGUUCUUGAUAGUGGAGUGAGCUAUUUGUGGGCAACAAGAAUGGAAGCUUCUGUGAUUGAUAGCGCGAAAGGGCUGGUUGUGUCUUGGUGUGAUCAAUUAAGGGUCCUGUGUCAUCCUUCUGUUGGCGGUUUCUGGUCACAUUGUGGGUGGAAUUCUACCAAAGAAGGCGUGUUUUCUGGUGUUCCAAUGCUCACGUUGCCUAUACUGUCGGAUCAGUUUACAAAUAGUAAGACCAUUGUGGAGGAUUGGAAGACUGGAUGGAGAGUCAAGAGGCGAACAGCGGUUGAAGUAUUGGUGACAAGGGCUGAAAUCUCAAGACUUGUCAAGGGGUUUAUGGACUUGGAAAGUGAUGAGGGGAAAGAGAUGAGGCAAAGAGCGAAAAAACUUGAGCAGAUUUGUCGCCAAGCUACAGCAAAAGGUGGAUCAUCUGAGAAUGCCAUUGAUGCUUUGAUCAGCAACAUCUUGCCUGCACACAAUUAGUCACCAGCCUUCUCAGUUUAAUGUUUUUUCUAAACCUCAAGAUUGAUAAUAAUUAAUUAAGUUCCUGGUCAAUUUUGAUGGUGAUCUGGUUUUUAGAAA